AUGUCGCUGGCGGUGGUGGUUGGCCAAAGGAUUGCCAAGCACCACCAGAUUCUUACGAGCGCUUUGUUUGUUGCUGCCCUCAUCGUCGUGGCCAUCUUUCCCAGCUUUGAUCGCAGGACGGAAGUCGAGGAGUCUGCGCAGGGAUGCAAGCAGGAGCAUGGCCUCAUUCCGGGCUAUGCGACCAAUGGCCUCGACGCACGAUGGCAGGCUCGGCUGCGCGAGUGCAUUGCGCAGAUCGAGGCUGAAACCGACAUUCGCACCGCAAUCGAGGUGUCCUUGCAGAAGGCAGGGCUGCAGCCCUAUCACAUGAACUUCUCACUGGAUGGGGGCCAAAGUUCCCUCCUGUACACCGUUGCUGAGUCGCGGCGUGGCGACUCACGGGAAUCACUCGUGCUG